UUUCUUGCUGGUGCUCCUCUUGUUGGUGAGAAAGAAGCGGAAGGUCAAAGAGCCCCUUCUGCUCCCAGAAGAUGAUACCCGUGAUAAUGUCUUCUAUUAUGGUGAAGAGGGUGGUGGUGAAGAGGACCAGGACUAUGACAUUACCCAGCUCCACCGGGGUCUGGAGGCCAGGCCUGAGGUAGUUCUCCGAAAUGAUGUGGCACCAACCUUCAUGCCUACACCCAUGUACCGACCCCGGCCAGCCAACCCAGAUGAGAUCGGCAACUUCAUCAUUGAGAACCUGAAGGCGGCCAACACGGACCCCACAGCCCCACCCUAUGACUCCCUGCUGGUGUUUGACUAUGAGGGCAGCGGCUCGGAUGCUGCCUCGCUCAGCUCCCUCACGUCCUCUGCCUCCGACCAGGACCAGGACUACGACUAUCUGAACGAGUGGGGCAACCGCUUCAAGAAGCUAGCAGACAUGUACGGAGGCGGCGAGGACGACUAG